AUGGCUUGUCCCAUUACCAUUUCAAAGUUCGUGGGGACCAUCUCCCUUGGCCUUUUAACAGGCAUUUCGUACGCCACUUCUGCUAUCACCAUUCCAUCGCUUCAAUCCUUUCCUAACGCUGGGGCGGCCUCCCUAACACUCAAAGAAGUCCAACUUCACACCCGAAAACAUGUUCUGAGGCUCAGCCAUAUCGCUGCCCUUGCCCUCCUUACUGCCUUCACCCUGUCAUCUCCUCACAGAAGGCAUCCGUACCUGAUCUGGACGGCUCUUAUGUCGAUAAUUGGCGGUACAGGCCUGGAAUGGUGGCAUAAUGGCAAAACAAUAACAUGGGGCUGUCUGUCAGCUGGCUCUCUUGGAUUUGGCUCCUGCUCGAGAUCUGGUUUUGGCGUUUUCUCCUGGGGUCAUGACCGUGCCCGUGCCGGACGCUCCAUUUUGGUGAGAGGUGAGGAGGAUGACUUCAAUGGGAAUGGAAGUGAGAUUGAAAUUGUGGGUGAAGAAGACGCUUCAUCCGCUACCGCUGCUACCGCAUCCAAUACAGCAACCCCACCCACUGACGAGGAUUCUGAUGUCAAUGGCGAGACUGUUCAAAACGAGAUGGAGAAGGAGCGCAAGUUCCUGAAACUGAGAACGUGGGUUCUUGGGUUGGGAUUCUCUAUGGGGGUGGUUGGGAUUUGGGGUGACGGUGCAUAG